AUGGCAACACAACAACAUCAAGGUGUUAUACCCCACAACGACAGUGUGCAGUCGAUUGAGAUCUACAUGGAUCAAAGCGAUGAUGGUCACCACAGCAACAGCAACAGCAGCAGCGAUGAUGAAAACAGUCAAGGAACCCGUUCAGGCGUUAUUACUGGUAGUGGACUACGGCCUAGACCAAGGAAUGUCACCGCAACCGGAUCUCAAGAUGAAACACGCUCCUUACUUUUACCUGAACAAGAACCUUUUCCUCGUUACAUGACAUCCUCCCCAAUUCCAUCGGCACAAAUUCGACUCGACCACUCACCCAAAGACCGAUGGGGCAUUUUUAAAAUUCGGGCUCGGUACUAUCUUCCUAUCUUGACAUGGCUGCCACAUUACAAUCACCGCCUGUUGCUAGGAGAUCUCAUUGCAGGUCUCACACUCGCAUGUCUCUUGGUGCCUCAAGGUCUCUCUUACGCCACAGCCCUUUGCAAACUCGAUGCUAUUCAUGGCCUUUAUGCUAUUGCAUUCCCCGCCAUCACCUAUGCAGUCUUUGGCAUGUCGAGGCAAAUUAGCGUGGGUCCUGAAGCUACCUUGUCGUUACUUGUUGGAUCAACCAUUGCUCAGCAACAACAACAUGGCAAUCAAGUGGAUCCAUUGGCUUGGGCCUGUUUGAUGACGCUGUUUGUCGGCAUUUUCACAUUUCUGCUAGGCAUUGUGCGACUUGGAUUUUUGGACAGCCUUAUGAGCCGUGCUUUACUCCGAGGCUUUAUCACGGGUGUCGCUGUUGUGGUGUUGGUUCAACAAAGCAUCAUCUUACUUGGUCUUGUGGAAUUGAGCGAAGAACACGGCGUCACAGAAGCAUCCUCAACGCUUGAUCGUCUUGUCUUUUUAUGGGGCUACAUUACAAAUUCGCAUGCAUUGACAACAUGGGUAUCCAUUGUCUCGGUCGCGUUCCUCUUGGUCACUCGCGUGUUGAAAUCAAAGUUUGUAAAGGCGGCAUUGUUCCCUGAAGUCUUGUUGGUGGUCGUCGUAUCCACCGUGUUGACAUGGUCAUGUGAUUGGGAUGAAAAGGGUUUGGCUAUCCUUGGCAAGAUUGAUAGCAGAGGUGUCCCAAUGCCUUCGAUACCAGCAUUGCCCGAUCGCGAUCAUCUCAAGGAUAUGCUUGUGACUUCGGCUAUGAUUUCAGUCAUUGGAUUCGUCGAAUCGGUGGUGAUUGCAAAGACCUAUUCGAGUCGACACAAUUACACAGUCAGCGCAAAUCGAGAACUCGUUGCUCUUGGUGUGGCCAAUAUCGUUGGCGGUCUGUUUCAGGGUAUACCUGCAUUUGGAAGCGUCGCACGUAGUAAGAUCAACGACCGUGCUGGUGCACGCACACAAAUGGCUGGAUUGAUCACUGGUGUCCUUGCUUUGAUUGCUAUCUUUUUCUUGCUACCCUACUUUUACUACUUGCCCAAGGCCGUGCUAUCAGCCAUCAUCUUUGUUGCCGUGCUAUCGCUCUUGGGAGAGCUUCCUGAGGAUUUGCAUUUCAUUUUCAAGGUGCAUGCAUGGCGUGAUUUGACGUUACUGCUAGUCACUUUCUUUGGCACGGUUAUCAUUUCUCUGGAGUUUGGUACCCUUGUUGCCAUCACGUUAUCGCUUCUCCUUACGAUCAAACAAUCCAGCUAUCCACGUAUCUCCAUCAUGGGGCGAGUCAAGGGAACCCACAACAAAUUUCGAGCUAUCCAUGAAGAUCCAGAUGAGGUGGAGCAUUUGGAAGAUGUCCUCAUUGUUCGUGUUGAGGAACCCCUAUUUUUUGCCAAUACAGGCCAGCUCAAGGAUCGAUUACGGCGUUUGGAAUACUACGGUGAUAUGGAAACCCAUCCAUCGGAGACACCUCGCAUGAACAGCAUGUCGUAUACCAUAUUCGACGCAGAUCAUAUGCCCGACAUUGAUGCAAGUGCUGUCCAAAUCUUGUACGAGAUUGUGGAGUCGUACCACGCGCGAAACGUGAUGGUGUACUUUGUCCGAUUACGCGAACGCCCGAUGGCUAUGUUUGAAAAGUCAGGCUUACUCGACUUGGUGGGUCAAGAUCAUUUCUUCCAAAAAGUGUCUCAUGCGAUCGAGGUGGUUGAGAAGGAUAUGGCAAAACGUGGCAUCUUUGUACAAUAG